CUACUACUACUACUGCUGCUGCUGCUGCUGCUACUACUGAUACUGCUCCUUCUACUCUUACUACAGGCCCAAAUACUCCUUUCAUUGACAGUUCUACCACCAUUUUUACCACAACUGUCAGUAGUACUUGGACUGAUAUAAAUGCUGCUGUUGGGACUACACCUACACUUAUUGGCAGUAUUUUUACUGACAGUACUAGUACAGUUACAGAAAGUGAUCCAGCUUUGUCUUUGAACACACUGAGUACUGACUUGAGCACUGGAUCAGAUACAGGUAGUAGUUCUACCACCACUGAUCCAUGGACUAUCAGUGUUGCAGAAACAAGUACUACAGCUGAUUCUACUACUGCUAUUGAUGCUUCUGUAUUUGACACAGAUAGUGAUAGGACCCUCAGUAUGUCCAAGACUGACAGUAGAACUUUAACUUAUUUUACUCUUACAACUGAUGCAGUCGACAUUAUCACAUAUGACACUGAAACUUUAGUUUUCACCGACAGCAGCAACACAGUCACUACUACAAAGGCACUUUUUGACUUCGGCAGUACUGCAGGAUAUUCAGAAGACAGUCUAAAGCUGCAGACUGGAUCUAUGUCCACAGCAGUUGUCUCUGCUCUCAGCACUAUCAAAAGUGACUCCAGUGUCACCAGUAAAAGCCCAGCAAUCCCAGGCAGCAGUAGUGACCUGGAAGUGUCUGUGACUGAUUCAGUGACUGCCCCCUUUGGUUCUACUCCAGGCCCUGCGUUAUCUGGGACACGUAAUGCUGACUUGAUGACCAGUAUCAUUCCAUCUUCUGUUGAAGUAGUGCCAUCAGCCAGAGUUCCAAAACCAGCAUCUAUCCCAGAUCAGAGCCGAGCCAGUAACAAAGUUUUUUCUCCAGCAAGUCAGGAAGGAGAUACUCGUCUCACAACAGGACCUGAGACAACUCUAGAUGUUUCAGUUCCUCCUGCAGCUCCUCCAGAUGAACAAUUGAACAUACCAUCCCUGAAUCUACCUCCUGCUGAAACCACAGCAGCUGUCCCAUCCCCUGAGUCACCCCUGGAAAAUAUACCCUCUUCAAGUAUUACUGCACAAGUGCAGGAGUCACAGACUAAAGAUGCAUCAAUAGAAUUAAACCUUCUGGAUCCACCUUCUUCAGACAGUACUCCAGGUGAACCAUCCUCUGUAUCUUCUGUUGCAUCAGUAGAACUUCCUCCUACAGAAGUUCCACUACAAAUGUCACCAACUCAGGAUAUUUUCAUUGAACUGCCUGUUCCUGAAUUACCUUUUUCAGAUGCACCCCCUUUUGAUUCACUGCCUUUAAACCUGCCUCCAAAAGUGUCAACCUCUAGAACUUCAGACACUUUAUUGGCUUUACCUCCUUCAGGUACACCUUUUCCUGAUGCCACUCCAGAAAUACCUUCUACAGAUGCAUUUUCUCCUGAUUUACUACCUGCAGAAGUAUCUCCAUAUGAUGUACCUGAUCCAGAAGCUCGCACUUUAAAAGUGCUAUUCACAAGAACUCUGAAUACUCCAACAAAUGUACUUCCUCCUGAUGCUUCCACACCAGCUCCUGAGACUCCUGAACAGUUUUUGUUGCCAUCCUCUAGAGAAGGGGAAGGCGAUUGGAUGGCAAAUAAAGUUUCUAAAAGCUUCAACCAAUCUAGUCCUGUGAAGGCAUUGGACUCCCAGCAGACAAGGAAACCUUCUGAAGAGGAAUCGUUCGAAGGAUCACAGUAUGAAGAAAAAAAAGGCUCGAAACAAGAAAAAAAGGAAAAAGUCAUUUUGGAAGAGAAGACARAAGACACAUUUAAAGACGAAGAGACAAACAAAGAAGAUAAAGGAUUUGAAAAGAAAGCAACCCAGAAGAUACUAAUUCCAGGAGGAUCAAAGUUCAAUCAGCUGUCCAAGAUCAUUUACAUCAACUUUCAGGACUGCGAGUGUAACGGUCACUCCAACCGCUGCAGCUACAUUGACUACAUCAACAUGGUCACAUGUGUGAGCUGCAAACACAACACAAGAGGCCAGAAAUGCCAGUACUGCCGUCUGGGUUACUAUAAAAACGCCUCGCUGCCUCUGGAUCAUGAGAACAUCUGUGUGGAAUGUCAAUGUGACCCAGACGGCAGCACCUCUCCUCACUGCUCAGAUUCUGGUCUGUGUCCCUGUAAAACUGGAGCCACAGGGAGGCGCUGUAAUUCCUGCCUUCCUGGAUACACCUGGGGAGGAGGCGGAGCUGGGUGCACAGAGAAAGUGUGCGACACAGAAGAGUUAACCUGUAAGAAUGGAGGGACCUGCAUCAACUUCCAGCGCUGCAUCUGUCCUGAGACUUUCACAGGUCAGCUGUGCGAGCGAAGCAUCUGUCUGAAGACUGGUGGCUGUAAGAACCCUGCUGACAGCUCAUCUUCUUUGGUGACGUCACACUUUUACCUGCUGUCCUUCAGUCUGAUGACCUCCACCUUCUGCUGACCACGCCCUCAUCACAAGUCACGCCCCUUUGUUACAUCAUGCUUGAACCUUAUGUGCUCCCUCUGGCUGUGUGUCAUUUCAUGGGUUGUYAGCCACUUCUGUCACUGCCUGCUCUGUAGGCUGUCCCAAUUCAGAGGCUCCUACCUGAACUGCUGCGUCCCAGUAUCAACCAUAUCCCAGGAUUCAUUGCUCCGUCAGCACACUAAGCAGAAAAACCAAGAUGGCGGAGGUUGUUUUUUUAUUUUAUUUUUUUUACGACAAAAGUAUUUUACAGUGGAGUUUGGAAAUUUAACAGACUGAAUGAAGGAUUGUAAGUUUAUCAACUUAGUUGUUGAUUUUUUUGCUACAACGAGAUGUUAAAUAAAAUAUAAUUACAUGUA